GAGCGCGCGUGAACAGAACGCAGAUAGAGAUACCUUUUGGGCUUCAGAUACACUGGCAGUGCGCAUUACUCACUCAUCCGCCAGAUACGAAGAUAGAUUUCGCAGUGCGCCAGACGAUUGCAACUGGCAAACUGGAUUUACCACCCAAAAAGCAACAAAACUGAAAAAACCAAAACAAUACCCACAUCUACAAUCGUGUUAAGUGAAAAACGAAGCCAAUUGCAGCAGCAACAAAAAACUUUCAAAACCCGAGCCGUAGCGAAAUAGGAAAAGUAGUUCAGAGCGUGAAAAAUACGUUACUUGCUGCAAAAGUUGUGAAACGUAUCCGAGAGAUACAAACCCAUUGGGAGAGCGAGAGCUUAGCAAAGUGCAAUUUCCAAAAGCAAACAGCAUCUAAAACAUAUCUAUAAACCAACCGAAACCAAACAAAUAAUAAAGGCUGAAAAAUUUAAAAUACCCAAAAACAAUUUUUCCAACCAUUCAACCUCGACGGCGAUUCGCAAGACAAACUAUUGUUGGAUUAACAUUUUUUUGAUCAAGAACCGGAGCCGAGCGAGCGGAAGCGAAAUGCAAGUGGAAGCCAGCUACCCGAAAUACGCCGGACGUGUGCCACCGCUGGACCUCUCGCAGGUGAACGCUGGCCAGGAUCUGUGGGGCAGCAACGGGUCGAGCACCCCGUCCACCAGACGCCACCUGCACCAUCCCUACCAAAUGCUGGACAAGUGUCGCGGCGGAGUCACCCUGAUCAGUGCCUCCUCGAACUCCUCCUCCGACGACAACAACAAUCGACUGAUGGGCGGCGAUGAUGGAGCCACAAGUCUGCUGCAUCCCAUGGGCUCCGACGGCCUGCCCCUGGAUCCGCGGGACUGGACGCGAGCGGACGUGUGGAAGUGGCUCAUCAACAUGGCGGUGUCCGAGGGACUGGAGGUCACGGCCGAGCUGCCCCAGAAGUUCCCGAUGAACGGGAAGGCCCUGUGCCUGAUGAGCCUCGAUAUGUACCUGUGCCGAGUUCCGGUGGGCGGCAAGAUGCUCUACCGGGACUUCCGGGUGCGACUGGCCCGGGCAAUGGCCCUGCUCUCCUAGGUGUCUCGCGGAUACCCCUCCCUGGUUGUACAUAUCUCUAGGAUUCGGUUAGUUUAGCCUAGUUCUCCUAGCUGUAAUGCCUAGUCGCUAGUGCUCUCGUUAGUUAAGUUUAGGCGUAACAUCCUGCAUUUCAAUAUUGUCAAAGAUUGCUUCAAGGAAUUGAGCAAAAAUGAUGAUAGAGUGAAGUUAAAAUGCUGUCCUAUUAGUUUGAUAAGUUCGCAUCUGAUGAAAAUAUAAAAUGAAAUUUUAUAAACUGAA